AUGACAGCAGUUAAAGGCGUGAAAGAUGGUAAGGCUUUGGGACCGGGUGAAAUACCAGGUGAGGUAUGGAAGGUGCUAAAGUAUGAAGGAUAUGUGUGGCUGACUUUGUUCUUCAAUAAGUUGUUGCAUGAAGAAGACAUCCCACAAGAAUGGUGUACUAGCUCGCAAGUGCCCAUCUUCAAAAAUAAAGGUCGAGGGACAAUAGAUGCCAUCUUUGCACUUCGCCAACUGUGCGCGAAGAACAGACGUGCGCACAAGACUUUGCACAUGUUAUUCAUUGACCUCGAGAAAGCUUAUGAUAGGGUGCCUCGUGAAGUGUUAUGGUGGGCUAUGAAAGAGAAAUGUGUGCCUGGAAAGGUCGGCAUUAAGCCAGACAUACAGGAAGAGGCACCCUGGUGCAUGCUGUUUGCCGAUGACAUUGUUCUGGUUGGGGAAAAUGGACCCGAGAUCCAGAGCAGAUUGGAGGUGUGGCAACAGAAGCUGGAGAGUGUUGGCUUGAAAAUCAGCAGAACUAAGACAGAAUACAUGUUCUGCGAUUUCGGCGGUCUCUCCAGUCCUGAAGCUAUAAAGCUUGAUGGUGUGCGCCUUCCAGUCUGCUCCGACUUCCGGUAUCUUGGUUCAUUUAUUCAGAGCGAUGGCGAAAUAGAUCGGGCGGUUAAGCACCGAAGUAACGCAGGAUGGAUGAAAUGGUGGCAGGUAACGGGAACGAUUUGUGACCCCCACAUUCCCCUUAAAUUUAAGGGGAAGAUCUAUAAGACCAUUGUCAGACCUGCUGUUUUGUAUGAAUCAGAGUGCUGGGCAACAAAAGGGAUGAAUGAAUGA